AUGCCAACCGACCAAUGGCUUAUCUUCGCGUACAUUAUGAUAAUUUCAUCCGUAAUCUUAUGCGGCAUCCUUCCGAUGAUAUUUCGUCUUUAUAACGCUCGUCGACGUUUUCAUCGCUAUGAACUCGAACGACAAGUGAUCGAAUACUCAUGUCUUCACAAUUUAACAACUUCCGAGUCAAUUUAUAAUGAUUUACAAAUGAAUAUAUCAGAUCUGCCUCAGUUUAUGGAGCUCGAUUUUACAAUGUUUAGUGGCAAAGAACAGUCGGUACCAUACAUUGAUGACAACACAUCUUUGUAA